AUGGGUAUCGAAGGCCGCCAAGCGCCUCCAUUGCCAGCACCCACGGAGACAGAUACCGCCACAGGCGACGACACAGCUUCCAGAAUCACAGAGAAAAGCCAGUAUACAUUGCCCGAAGACGGAAGCCCCGUCACGAUACCUACGCGGCGCAAAAAGAGCGACAAGAGCGGCCUCGGUAACCUCUCGUCGAACAAAUCACAGACGUCCCUCUUGAUCGAAUACUUCGAAGGCGGGAAGGAGGGCGAGGCUGAAUCCCGACGGCCAUCCGUCAGAGUCAAGGUGACGCCAUCAUCGAAGAGCAGAGACCGCUCCUCAAACGACCAUAUUCAAAUUACGGAGCGGAAAGGCACGCGGAAGCCGUCAUACACCAAACGCAUCCAGCUCUCCCCCAACGUCAAAAGCGACAAGUCCCUCGCGGGGGAGGGGGAUGACCACAGCGUCCAUUCUUAUAGAUCCGCUACAGAAGAGUCCAACGUUACCUCGAGAGGAGGUGGGCCAAUUGAGGUUGAAAUUAUGCCUAGGCGACAUGGAAGCCCUCUGAUUCCAUCAGGCGAAAGCAGCUCGAAAUAUAUACACCAUAAUGCCUCCGAUAUCUCCUCCAUGCAAGCAAACAGCUUCCUGGACGGCACGACACGGUCGCCCGAGCGAAAACGCAGCCGCAGUUUGACAAGGGGAGAAGCAUUGGCUGCAGGUGCUGCGACCGGCCUGGCCGCUGGUGCGGUGGCAGAUAAAUUGAGAACUCCCUCACGCCGGCGAAGUCGGAGUCUAAGUCGAGAGCGGAUUGUGGCACAAAAAGCCGUGGAGAAGGUUCGAGGGGAGAAAUCAGAACGCCGCCGCAAACAUAGGAGUAGGAGUCGCAGCGUGAGCGGCGAGCACCUCGAAGGUGUGAAAUCUUCUUCCCGACGACGAUCGAGUCGAAGCCAUCAGGAUGAUUCGUUGGUCUCCGGUGGAGAUUCUAGCCUGCUCAAUUCCCACUUAAGCGGCAAGUCCGGUGACGCUUAUUCUUUCAGGUCUGGUACCUCAAAGUCUUCCAUCAACAAUCCAAAAUUGCUCGAGACCGUAGAGGAUGCUAUCCGUCGAUUGAUCCUGCCAGAAUUGACGGCAUUAAAGAGAGAGCAGAGCAAGAGCAAACAUCGUGAUAGGGACCGGAGAGGCUCGAUCACUUCAGGAAGUGGCGUUUCAAGGGAUUCAAGGGAGGAGGGUUCAAGACGACUGUCUGACCUUGGAAGCAGUACAGAUCUCUCAAGCAAGCCCAAAGUAACCUUAAAUGAUACAGAAGUUCUCUCGGGAGGCACUAUCAAGGGUCGCAAGGACAGAAAUAUCGAUCGAGUCAAGACCGAGGACUCUCCCCGAGGCUUUGAGCGAGGUUCCUCAGAGGAGACGGCAAUCCAGGAUGGUGGGCGUGAGCGCGUGCGCAAGAAGCGAAGUAGUGACCAUCGUGGAGUUGAAGCAGCAGCUAUUGGCGCGGGAGUAGGUGCUUUGACGGCCGCAGCCCUGCAUAAACACCAAUCUCAAGAUUCGAUUGAUGAGAAAAAGGAGCGCCGACGGCGAAGAGCUAAGAGUCGAAGCCGGCCUGAUAGCUUGGCCGAGAGCUAUGAGGAGCGAGAGAGAGAAUUAAUGCCGCCUAUGCCCCUCAUGAGUGACAUCAACGCCUCUGAAAUCACGAGGAGCUCAAUUCUCUCUGCCGAGACGGAGAGACCUCAUUCAGCCAGCCAGGAGCACCAGGUAACACCAAUUCGAGAAGUUCCACGAGGUAUCGCUUCGCCAUCCUCGGUGACGCCUACUAGGACACCCGUUGCUUUACAACAAGGCUUGGGGACUCAGCAUUCCAACUAUUCUCGCGGGGAUCUCCAUGAACAGAAUAGCGAACGGCAAUUACAUGAGGAGUUUGAAUUAGACGAUCAUGGUCGUAAAAUACCAAUGCAUGCUUCACACGAGGAGUACGAAGAUUCAUAUGUCGAAGAUGAGCAAAGUAAGCGUCACUCCCACCCCCUGGCUGCUGGUCUGGCCGCUGGUAUGGCUGGCGCUGCAGCUGGAGCUGGGUUAUCAGCAUAUCAUCAUCGUGAUGAUGACCAUGAAGACUCGGAGCUCCUUGAAGACGAUCGACCAAGCUACUAUCAGAACACCCAAGAGGUACCGCCACCUUUACGCUAUGUUCCAUACGGUCAUGAGAGGCGCGGAUUGAGUCCAAUUCCGAGUGUCUCGGGCUAUACCGAAGGCGAACCUGAACAACAACGAUCUUCAAGACUGACGCAGAGCACCGGCGGCUCUUAUUCCUCCUUGAACAAGUCUGGCCAAGCACAGUCACCCAGAGUCUCCAUGAAAUCUCGCGACUCAUUAGGAAAUGUGAACAACCAUCACGAUUUCCCGGAUGUUCGCCAAGGGGGUCUCACGGAAUCCGAACUUACUCAAGAUAGCGAGUACUGGGAGGAACAACACAAAGAGAACGAUCGAAACCGUGACCUAGAUGCGGAAAGCUACCGUAGCUCGGAUCCACAUAUGGAUUAUAAGCAUAUGACAAAUUAUACCGACGACAGCAUGGAUAUGGAUCGUGUUGCGACGGGUCAGAACGUUCGUGGUGUUGCGCAGAAUGCUGAAUACGUACAUACUCCACUAGGGGUUGAAUCAGCCGUAGCAUCACUUGUGAACGCUUCAGACCUUACUGGGGUAUCUGGAUAUUCCGGUAACAAUGUUAAGGAUGGCCGGCGAGGAUCAUAUGCUUCAUUUGAGGAAGGAUCGGAGAGGCAUUUUGUUAGCCGUGACAACAGCCCCACGAAGCGCGGUAUGCACGGGAGCGUUGAGUAUGAUGGCUCGGAUAGAGGGACCUCAAGCCAGCGAAAUAGCCCAUCGAAGUAUCCAGAGUACGAACUUGACGACCAAGGACGGAAAGUAACAAUGCCCAAAUAUUCCGGGGGGCACACGGCUGGGAACGCUGCAUUGGCUGGUAUCGCCGCUGGGGCUGCAGCUGCUGUUCUUAGGGGCAGAAAUAAAGAGGCUGAUGCCGACAACAUCCAUUACGAGGACCGACAGGAGCACACAGGUGCACCUUUGCAAAAGUCAUUCAAAGAACGUGCCAUGGAAGGACACGGGCAAAUACCCUCUCCGCGUCAUAGCAUUGACGUUCCAUUGAGCGAAGCAGCAAGUCAUGAGCAGCUCCAACUGGGUGCGAGCGGCCUUCCAGACAUGGAGAAUCCCAUGCCUGAGAUCGGGUAUGGAGAUGAUGGCUCGGAUGUAACUACAAAUCCAUCUAUUAUCAAGGGGCCCAUUGGUGGAUCGCAAGAUGGAGCCAGGGACCACUGGCCAGGCCAUCCGACACCUCCACAGCCAACAUUGGACACCGGCAUGGCGACCCGAGAACAAAAGUCUGAUGCAAAUCUCAAGGCUGCUGAAGCUGCUCUUGUUGGAGCCGCAAUCGGAGCGGGUGGUGCUGCACUUGCAAACCAUACCAGAGACGUUAGUCACGAUCAGGACGAGGAUUGGCCAAGGACUUCAGGAGACCGGAAGAGAGACACUCUCAUUACCAAUCCAUAUGAAGGCACGAGCCCCAUUGCUAACAUCGGAGAACCGCUUGAUCCCAAUCUGUCAGCUCAACCUGGCUUCCAAGGUGUUGGUCACGAGUAUGGCCCUCCCAAGAUGGCCUAUUCCAUGGGAAGUCCUGGUCCUUUGCCAAAGGAUGAGGGAUAUAUGUCAUCUGCGCCCAAUGCCCGCUCUCCUGGCGCCAUCACCCCAGAGCAGAGAGCCAAAGGCGUUGGGUUCAUGGAUCAAGAAAUCGGAGGUGCGGUCGACGAUCUGGCUGGAAAUGACCCAUUUUAUACCCCGAAACAUGCUCGACAUCUCAGUGGUAUGUCACAUGGCAUGGGUUCGCCCAUCUAUGACAGUGCCACAGGAAAUGGCCUUGAUCGAAUUCAGUCGAAGGACAUCAUUGCUCUGAUGGAUCAUCUCACUGUUCGUGAUGCCCAACGCAGCGCACGCGACACGGAGAUCCUAGUUACACUUGUUCGCUCUGCAGCUGAAAUGCGGAAUUCUUUUGAAGACAUGAAACGCCUGUUAGCUGAUACGGAAGACCAAAUCAUCACAGAGGUCAAGGGCAAUACAGAAAAGUCCGUCCAAAAGGUUAUCAACGGACCAAGGCCGUUACCGCCGAGCGGUGCACGUUCUCUCCGGCAAACUUCUCAGGAUGAGAUGUUCGAUGAUCUCCGAAACAAGAAGAGGAAUGUAUUCCAAAGAGCCCUUAAGGGCCUUAGUAUGAGAAGCUCGAAUGACCUUGGCAAGAUUGAGGAGAUGUUAGUCCAGCUGCUAGGAGAGGUCGAAGGGUUGAAGGCAGCCCAAGGGCUUAGGUCCGAUCCUCACAAUGAAUCAUUUAGCGAGCUGCACCAAGAAGGCAAUUACGAGAACGACCAUGGCUAUGAACCUGAAGGGAAUGCUGGCACAUCUACUGCCAGCCAUGCAAGCCAGUCAGGUCAUCUUUCUAUCCCUGGGUCCCGAGGUCCCAGUGCAGCCAGAGGGUUUGACGUCCGGAAGUUCUCAGAUCACCGCAUCAGCACCGUGCCCGAAGGGGACGAGGAGGAGGCUGAUCAUCACGAUCAAGCUGUUCUUAGCACUCAAUAUGACCGCCAAGAUGGCCUGCUCACUCCUACUCAAGAAUUUACUCGCGGCGGCUCUGCGCCCUUGGGCACUCCACCACAGCAGCAUGUCGCUCCUGCAUCCCUGAGCAAUGAGAAUACCCCACGAACAGAUAAGAGCAAGAAGCAUAAGUCAAGUAGCUCCUCUGGUUGGAUUCCCAAGGUUUCUCGGUGGUCAGAGACAACUGCAUCGAGUGUCUUCCGGCCGUUCCGGAGUAGCGGCCGUAGCAGUGGAAGGAACCUUAAGGAUGAUCAAUUUGAGAAUCCGCCGUCGAGGUCUGGGUCUGAUCUUGACCAUUAUGCUGAGCAUGAUCCGUAUGGUGAUGACAAACUUCACACUGGGUUCUCUCAAGAGCAAAUUGAGCAAGAGCAAUACAAUGAAAACGAAGCCCCUCAAUCAUUGUUACCCCCUGAGGAUCCGAAGUACAAGGCACAUCGCAAUUCUUUAAAUCUACAACACCCACAACCUCGCCAGGGCCCAACUCAUCGGUACCAAACUGCCUUGGAAUCACAAGCGCAGCACUACGGCGCCCCGAUGUCGCCGAAAUCCUUAGAUUGGGGCUCGUCGACAAGCAUCAACCGCUUGCCAGCUCAGCAAACAAACCGCUACAGCACCGGCACGAAUAAUACCGGUGGAAAUCUCUCUCCAAUAUCGGAUGGCGGUUACUCUGAUGGCUCAGCGACCAACCAGGCUCCUGCGCGCCCACCAAAAGAGCCCCUAGCCCCCCAGCGACCACCCAAAGUCCGCACCGGCAAGCUCCAGAAACCGAGUCCACUGAGUAACGAGCAUCUUAAUGUCGAGCGAGACGCCAAUUAUGGCGCAAGUUAUGAGGGAGGCGGGUCCCCGCGGUCGGCAGCCAGGAAAUUAUCCGGCAAUAUGAGUGGUGUCCCUACGAGAAAGCCAACAGGGCCGAGAAGUAUGUCCAGCGCAUCUCGGAGUGGAGAGUUGAAUAGAGAUGAAACAGUCAUUCGAAGAAACAAAAAUAGAGAUACAUUUGGCACCAUUGCCAGUAAUAAUACCGAGGAAUCGGAGACUUUCUGA